AUGGAUUAUCUGAAGGGGGAUGAGAUGAUUGAGAUGGUUGUGAAGCUGGCGUUGAAGGUGAAGAAGUGUAUGAUGAACUUGCAGGCUAUGACAAGAGCACCUGUUGUUAGGUUUGGAACUGCAAAAAGAGCUUCUGAGCUCAAAUUCUUUAUGGAAGAUCUUAACAAUUUCGAUACCUUGGCUCACGUUUUUAACAAAUCUAGCAGAUUUGGAAGACUCCAAAAAGUUCAGUGUGCUAUUGCUGGCAUGAAUCUAUACAUGAGAUUCAGCUGCAGCACAGGGGAUGCAAUGGGGAUGAACAUGGUUUCUAAAGGUGUUCAGAACGUUUUGGAUUUUCUUCAAGCUGAUUUUCCCGACAUGGAUGUUAUCGGAAUAUCUGGGAACUUUUGUUCCGAUAAGAAACCAGCUGCUGUAAACUGGAUUGAAGGACGUGGUAAGUCGGUUGUCUGCGAGGCAAUUAUCAAGGAUGAAGUAGUGAGGAAUGUGUUGAAGACUACAGUUCCAGCUUUGGUAGAGCUUAACAUGCUCAAAAACUUGACUGGUUCUGCCAUUGCAUCUACGCCUGAACUAGACGCACAAUCCAUCUACGCCUGA